CGCCAUUGCUGGAAGCGUUCCCGCCCUGCUCCGCGAGCGCGCUCACUUAUCCUCAGUUCUGCAACCAGGUAUUGCUUCAGACUGUGAGAUGAAGAGUGAUUCAAGAAAUACCAGGUGUGAAGCAGAAAUUCAGCUGAGGGAACUAAUGCAGGACCACAGCUUUGCUUGGAUUCUAGAAUCCUCUUGAUUUGAGAUCCUUCUAGUUAUGCAUGGGAGUUUUCAGGGAGAAGAGUUCUAAUUUUUAUGAGAUCUGCAAAGGAAUCCACGACCUGAAAAAGACAUGUCUUUGUGGGAGUACUCCUUCUAGGGAGAGGAACAAAGAAGAGGAGAUAAUGGCUGCUGUGGUUUCUUCAGUUGGACCUCUGGGUCCUGAUGUUUCCCAGCCAGAUGAAGAUUAUCUUCAGGCAGAAGAACCAGAAUUGGUAAAGGAAUCACUGACAUUUAAAGAUGUGGCUAUCGACUUCACAUUGGAAGAGUGGAGGCUGAUGGAUCCUACACAGAGGGACCUGCACAAGGACGUGAUGCUAGAGAAUUACAGUAAUCUUGUCUCCCUGGGGCUUGCAGUUUCCAAACCAGACAUGAUAUCUCAUUUGGAGGAUGGAAAAGGACCAUGGGUGAUAGUGAGAGAAAUUUCAAGAGCCCCCUAUCCAGAGUUGGAGACCAAACCAGCAACCAAGAAUGCUAUACUAACAGAGGAUCUCUCUGAAGAUUUAUCACAGGAGACCAUAGUAGGGAAACUCACAGACAAUGGUCUGUGGGACUCCAGAAUGGGAGGAUUAUGGAAAUGGAAUGACAAGAUAUUGAGACUGCAAAAUAGUCAGGAGAGUCGGAGCCAAAGAAUGGUUGCACAUAAGAAAAUUCACAUUGGUCAAAGAGGCAUUAUAUUUGGGUCUAUUUUUUGUCCAGAACCAGGAGUUAUCACAGAAGAGCUUCACAGCAAAUGCCAAACACAUGAGGAAAACUUCACAGAGAAUUUAGAUUUGAAUACAGAUACCCAUUUGGGGAAGAAAAAUUGCGAGGAUACAGAAGGCAGCAGAGCUAUGAGGCCUACUUCAGAACUUACUUUAGGGAAAAGAAACAAUAAUAAAGAAAAACCCUAUAAAUGUAGUACAUGUGAAAAGGCUUUUCGUUACAAGUCAUUACUCAUUCAACAUCAGAGAACUCACACUAAAGAAAAACCUUACGAAUGUAAUGAAUGUGGGAAAAUGUUUAGCCAGCCUUCAUAUCUUAGUCAACAUAAAAAAAUUCACACUGGAGAAAAACCCUAUAAGUGUAACGAAUGUGGAAAGGCCUUUAUUGCUUCUUCAUCACUUAUGGUACAUCAGAGAAUUCAUACUAAGGAGAAACCUUAUCAAUGUAAUGUCUGUGGAAAAUCUUUUAGCCAGUGUGCACGCCUUAAUCAGCACCAGAGAAUUCAAACUGGAGAGAAGCCCUAUAAAUGUAGUGAAUGUGGGAAAGCUUUUAGUGAUAAAUCAAAACUUGCACGACAUCAAGAAACUCACAAUGGAGAGAAACCCUACAAAUGUAAUGAUUGUGGGAAAGCCUUUAGGAAUAAGUCCUAUCUUAGUGUACAUCAGAAGACCCAUACUGAAGAGAAACCAUAUAAAUGCAGUGAGUGUGGAAAAUCCUUCAAGAAUACCACAAUUUUUAAUGUUCAUCAGAGAAUUCAUACUGGAGAGAAACCCUUUAGAUGUAAUGAAUGUGGAAAAGCCUAUAGAAGUAAUUCAAGCCUUAUUGUACAUAUAAGGACUCACACUGGAGAAAAACCCUAUGAAUGUAAUGAAUGUGGGAAAGCAUUCAAUCGUAUAGCAAAUUUCACAGAACAUCAGAGAAUUCAUACAGGAGAAAAACCCUAUAAAUGUAAUGAAUGUGGGAAAGCUUUCAUUAACUAUUCAUGCCUUACAGUACACCACAGAAUGCAUACAGGAGAGAAACCUUAUAAAUGUAGUGAAUGUGGAAAGGCCUUCAUGCGUUCUUCAUCUCUAAUUAUACAUCAGCGAAUUCAUACUGAAGAGAAACCUUAUCUAUGUAAUGAAUGUGGAGAAUCUUUCAGAAUAAAAUCACACUUAACUGUACAUCAGAGGAUUCAUACUGGAGAGAAACCAUAUAAAUGCACUGACUGUGAGAGGGCAUUCACCAAAAUGGUAAAUCUCAAGGAGCAUCAGAAAAUCCAUACUGGAGUGAAACCCUAUAAAUGCUGUGAUUGUGGAAAAUCCUUCAGGACUAAGUCAUACCUUAUUGUACAUCAAAGGACCCAUACCGGAGAAAAACCAUAUAAAUGUAAUGAAUGUGAGAAAGCUUUUACUAAUACAUCACAGCUUACUGUGCAUCAACGAAGGCAUACUGGAGAAAAACCCUACAAAUGUAAUGAAUGUGGGAAGGUUUUCACAAGUAAUUCAGGAUUUAAUACCCAUCAGAGAACACAUACUGGAGAGAAACCAUUUAAAUGUAAUAACUGUGGGAAAGCAUUUAGCCAGAUGGUGCAUGUCACAGAACAUCAGAAAAUCCAUAGUGGAGAGAAGCCCUAUAAAUGUGAUGUCUGUGGAAAAGCCUUCAGGAGGGGUUCAUACCUUACAGUGCAUUGGAGAACACAUACUGGAGAAAAACCCUAUACAUGCAAAGAAUGUGGAAAAGGUUGUAUUACUCUGUCACAGCUAACUCUACAUCAGCGAAUUCAUACUGGGGAGAGGCCCUAUAAAUGUGAGGAAUGUGGAAAAACCUUUAGAACUAACUCAGACUUUACUGUACAUCUGAGGAUGCACACUGGAGAAAAACCCUAUAAAUGUAAUGAAUGUGGAAAAACCUUUAGGAGUAGCUCAAGCCUUACUGUACAUCAAAAAAUACAUCAGAGAGAAACUCAGUUAAUAUAGAGAAUAAUAAAUCAUCCUGAUGUCUACUCCAUACGAAUCAUAAUCUGUAUAUUUAAUGAAUGUGGGAAGACUCAAAAUCAAUUUGCAAUAAAAUACACACAGAAAAAUCACUAUAAACAUAUGAAUGUGGAAAAGUCAUAUUAAAUCU